AUGCCUGGAGAACUUCGCGCGGAUCUUGCCAUACGGCCAGCUCCGACAAAUAACCACGACAUUGUAAUAAACGGCGCCAGCAGUGCUCGUACAAACGGCGCUCCUGUCGGCAUUCCCAUCCUGAACGGCUCCGCCAACGGCCACAGCUUCGAAGACAAGCGCCAAAAGCACGCCCGGUCCUCGUACUCGGACGCCUCCCCGCUCAUCUCUCGAAACAACUCUCUGACUUUCCGGCCAGCAAAGCGCUCCAUGCCGGCCCCAGGCAAGACCAUUGCCGUCAUCAAUGCCAGUGGUCGCCAAGCAGCUUCGCUGAUUCGCUAUGCCACGGCUGUCGGCUACCAUGUGCGCGCCCAGAUGCGCAACCGGCUAGGCGUCAUUGCUACGGAGGUUGCAACAAACGAGAACGUGACAGUCCUUGAGGGCGAGCUGUACACGCGCCUGCCGCGCUCCGACUCAGACAAGGCCAAGGGCGUCUCGCUCGCCGAGGACAUUGAUGUCACGGGCGAAGGCCCUUCACUCUCCGGUAUCGGCGUCAACCACGAACUGAUCAACGAGCUCUUCCGCGGAGCACAGUUGGCCUUUAUCAACACGACUUUCUAUGGCGAUGAGCUCGAGAUUGGCCAGGCUCUCGCGGAUGCUGCCAAGAAGGCUGGUGUCCAGCACUACGUCUACUCGUCGAUGCCCGCGCACAACGCCUACGAUGCGUACUGGCCGUCACUGCCGCUGUGGGCGGCGAAGCACCGGGUGGAGGAGUACAUCUUUAAGAUCGGCCUCCCGUCGACCUUUGUCUACACGGGCAUCUACAACAACAACUUCACCUCUCUCAAAUACCCGCUCUUCUGUAUGGACCUGCAGCCAGACGGCUCCUUCCUCUGGGAGGCACCAUUCCAUCCAGACGCCAAGUUGCCCUGGCUUGACGCAGAACACGAUGUUGGUCCGGCCAUUCUGCAGAUUUUCAAGGACGGUGUGGCAAAGUGGGGGCGUGGUCAGCGUAUUGCCCUGGCUUACGAGAUGCUUUCACCGCGUGAGGCCUGCCGCCACUUCUCAAGAGGUGUUGGCCGCCCCGUCAAGUACAAGCGCGGCCCCAUCCGUAUCAACGUGCCUGUUCCCGAGGGGUACCGCGCGCAGUUGGUUGGCCUUGAGAAGCUUUUUAUGCUCGGCGGCGACGACCCGAAGAAACAGCCGCCAUACUUUGGCAGCCAAACCCUCGACGAGGAUGUGCCGUCCGUUGCCUUAAAUCUCUGGGAGGCCCCACGUGGGCUCGAGGAGUACGCGCGUGAGGUCUUCCCUCUGGAGGAGCAGGCAAAUGGCCUGACAUGGAUGGAGGAGGACGAGGACGAUGAAGAGGACAAUGGCGAGGAAGAUGACGACCCCACUCCGAGCAAUGAGCAUCAGCAGCUACAUAUGCCGCCACAACGCUCGAAUGGUGGUGCAGUCGGCGAAUUGGUUGUUGCGCAGAACGAACAGGAGGACGAGGACGAGGACGAAGAAGACGACGACGGCUUGGUCAUGCGCGUUACCGCACGAGACGACGAAGAGUGGCUGCCUUAG